CACUGCCAUGCCUGCGUCGCAUUGUCGCACUGUGAAGCCCUGCAGUUUGCGACGUUGGCCGACUUUCUCUCCGGCCUGAAACGCGUUGCGCGCCCACCAAAUCGUGGUUGUUGCGCAACCAUUUGCUUACGCCAAGUCAAAGAACAUAAACGCGGGAUUGAAGCGUUGACAACGGCAAAACCAGCAACUUAAAAGAGAAAGGAAGCAAAAGCCAACCAGUAGCCGCCAGGCAGGAUUUCACUGGCCCCCAACGUUCCAAGCAGCCAUGGACAAGAUCUACGACCGAGCUGAAUCUUCAGGCUUUGAGGGCAUCGACGUUACGACAGGCAAGAUCCGAGAAUGGCGCUCCAUCAUAACUCUAAUCGUUUUUGUUCUUACGAAUAUCAACGUUCUCUUCAGUUUCCAUAUACCCCUGUACCUGCCUCGAGCUUUGUGGACGGGGUGGCUCAAAACUUUGAGUGCUUUGCGCAUCAUAAACCCGCCAUCAAACGAUGACUUCUCAAGACGCACGGGGCCUGGCCCCUUUGUGCGAUUCAACUUCCCCAUGAACUUCGUCACAUCGCCGCUUAUAGCUGACUUGUUCCUGCUGGCCAUCACAGCCAUUGGCAGGGAUGAAGUCUACGGCGGGACCAUUGGGGCCAACAGCAUCGUACCCUACGACAUCAUGCUGUUCUUCCUGUCGCUGGCGUACAUUGCAAUUUCCGUCGACGCAUCCGGUCUGAUUAGGUGGCUUGCUUUCAAGGUGCUGCAAAAGGGGGGCAAAGUCGGUCAUCGACUUUACUUCUACCUUUACGUCUUUUUCUUUGCCCUCACAGCCUUCAUCGGGAAUGACCCCAUUAUAUUAUCUGGUACUGCGUUCUUGUCUUACAUGACGCGCGUGUCAAGCAAUAUAAAGCACCCUCGGGCUUGGAUCUACACCCAGUUUGCAUGCGCAAACAUCGCCUCUGCCAUUCUGGUCUCAUCGAAUCCUACCAACCUGGUACUGGCUGGAGCUUUCCAGAUCAAGUUUAUCAAGUACACAGCCAACAUGAUCGUACCAGUCGUUGUAACUGGUGUUGUUCUAUUCCCUUUUCUUCUAUACAUCAUCUUCCACGAUGAGGCUCUCAUUCCUUCCUCAAUCAAGAUGGAGGACCUGCCCGAUGAGAUCAAGAAUAAACCACCAGUCAAUCCCAAUAUUCCUUUUGCCAAAGGCGAGCCAGAGAACGCGGAUGAAGAUGCUACCGAUGGGGACGAGCAGAAGCAGCUCUCACUUGAGGAGAUCCUGAACCCCUUCCUCGACAAGAAAGGUGCAAUCUUUGGCGCUAGUCUCAUGGCUGUGACAUUGAUUGCAGUUCUUGUCAUCAACGCCGUUGCUCAAGGCACCCACGAAUGGCCGGUAUUCUACGUUACCUUGCCAGCAGCAUUUGUUCUGAUCAUCUUCGACCUUGGUCUUGGCUGGACGAACAGGAAGGAGACGCGUAGGAUUGCUCAGGAAGGCCGACGAAGAGCAGAAAACGUUUAUGCCGAAAGAGCAGAGAGGAGACGAUCCAUAGUGCAGGAAGAGCCUGGUAUGCUUCGAAAUGGCGAAUCCUUCAAUACCAACACCAGUAUCGACGAGAAGACUCAAGCACCACCCGCGAUAACAUCGAACCAGACCUCCAACGAAACACUGCAGCCUACCAUAAACAAAGAGCCAGGAGUUAGCAAAGAAAGUCGUCUCAAGCACCUGACCCUGAAGAAACGUACAACGCUCGAAUCCGUCAUCAACGAAAGAUAUCAGUGGGCCAGGGAGACGUUCCCCACGACCAUGACUGUCUUCAACCAUCUGCCGCUGCCUUUGCUACCCUUCGCAUUCUGCAUGUUCGUCUUGGUGCAAGCGCUCGUUACAAAGGGAUGGGUUCCGGUGUUCGCACACGGCUGGGAUCACUGGGUGGGGAAAACCGGGACAGUAGGGGCGGUUGGCGGGAUGGGGUUCCUCUCCGUCAUUUUAUGCAACUUUGCAGGCACAAACAUCGGCACCACAAUCCUCCUCUCCCGAGUCAUCCAGGCCUGGCAGAAAAUCCACCAACUGAACGGGGUACCGAUUUCCAAUCGGACCUUCUGGGGCACAGUGUACAGCAUGGCCAUUGGCGUCAACUAUGGUGCUUUCAGUCUGGCGUUCAGCGCCUCUCUGGCGGGUAUGCUUUGGCGCGACAUCUUGGGUCGCAAGCACAUUCGCGUUGGUGGGCUUGAGUUCGCCCGUGUCAACUUGCCCAUCAUUGCCAUUACGAUGGUGGUUGGCCUGACCGUACUCAUCGGCCAGAUCUACAUCGUAAGAGAUACAUCUCCUUACAACGCGCGAUAGAUCUCAAGAAUAAUCUGCAGGAAUUAAUGUUAAUCUCGCAAAUAUCUCCGUCUCAUCAGUCUACCAGCUGCAAACAGCGACGUUCUCCCUUCUGAUCUUGUUAUCGGUCAUACCAGCAUCCUUCAUGCGAGAUAGACUCACUCGACUUUUCCUGUGUCGCACUCGGCCUCACAUGGGGGAUGGGAAAGCUUCUGACACUUACCAUUGUUUCCCUCGCUUUCAGGACAACGUUGGUCAUGCAGAACACACAUGGCCACCUUGACGUACUCCUCUCCUUUAUUGGUUUCUAGUCUUUCGUGCAGCUUAUCGAGGGCCAUCCCGCUGAUCUACCACCAUGUUGGAAAGAAAGAGUCGCGAAACAUAGUCGCUGUGGGCGGGCGAAGUCAUCCCUGUUACCCGCGUCCGCAAUGAAAGAAUAAAGGAAC